CACUGCAAGGGGACUUACGUACCUGGGGAAACAACGCGCGCGGGCGCGCCGUGGGCGACCUCCACAUCGUUCCUAGGUCUGUGCCAGCCGAUGUCGGUCGGGCCGACGAUUUCUGCAUAAAGUGCGUACCGUCGUCCUUCGAGGCAAUCCUCAUCCUCGCGUGCCAUCUUUACUUGAUACCCCGGAUCAGACAUCAGAACAACAUGGGCUUCUUCAACGACAAGAAGGCCGACGACACCGAGUACGGCGGUAGCCAGCUCAAGGCCGAGGACACUAACGCCCAGGGUCAGACCGAUGCCGUCUUUGGUGAGGUUGUCGAGGGAGGACCCAACUACCGCAGCGUCAGCUGGUGGGGGUCGUCCAUCAUCAUGAUGAAGACGCAGAUCGGUCUCGGUGUGCUGUCUAUCCCUGCGGCCUUCGAUACCCUGGGCCUCAUUCCAGGUAUCAUCUCGCUGAUUGCCAUUGGCUUGAUCACGCUGUGGUCUGGAUACAUGGUCGGCACAUUCAAGAUGCGUCACCCCGAGACGUACGGCAUUGAGGAUGUGGGGCAGAAGCUAUUUGGGCGCGCAGGUCGAGAGGUACUCGGUCUGGCCUUCGCUUUGUUGUGGACGUGCGUUGCUGGCUCCGGUAUGCUGGGCAUCUCCAUCGGAUUGAACUCACUGUCUGAUCAUGGCACAUGUACUGCUGUCUUCGUGGCUGUGGCCUGCUUUGUGGGCUUUGCACUUGCUUCAAUCAAGACCUUGGGGAAGCUCUCUUGGAUCGCAUGGGUUGGUCUUGCUGGUAUCAUGUCAGCUAUCAUCACCCUCACCGUUGCAGUCAGCCUCCAGGAUCGUCCCUCUGCGGCGCCUCAAUUCGGCCCCUGGCAGUCUGAUUUCGAGCUCUUCAAGUCGCCCACCUUCGCUGAGGCCGCGGCUGCUCUGUCUAGCAUCGUCUUCGCCUUCUGUGGCAUUCCUGCGUACUUCAACAUCGUGUCCGAGAUGAAGGACCAUAAGGACUAUUUCAAGGCUCUAUCGCUGUGUCAGUUCGUCAUGACCUCCAUUUACAUCGCCAUCGGCGUUGUUGUAUAUUACUACUGCGGAUCGUACGUCGCGUCGCCUGCGCUGGGAUCCGCAGGUGUCUUGAUGAAGAAGGUGUGUUACGGGCUCGCGCUUCCGGGUUUGCUUGCCUCCGUCGUCCUCGUCACUCAGCUCGUCGCCAAGUACUUCUUCAUCCGCACCCUGCGUGGAACAGAGCACCUCAGCCGCCCCACCGCUAAGCACUGGAUCACCUGGUUCGGUUACACCGCCGGUGUCUCCCUGACUGCCUACGUCAUUGCAUCCGCAAUUCCAGUCUUUGGUGGUCUCGUCUCACUUGUCGGCGCACUCCUUGGCACCCUCAUGAGCUUCCAGCCCAUGGGAUGCAUGUGGCUGUAUGACAAUUGGCAUCGGUCUAACCGCGACUGGAGGUGGAAGGGCAUGGUUGCAUGGUCCAUCUUCGUCAUUUUGUCUGGCACGUUUCUACUUAUUGGUGGUACCUAUGGUUCGCUUGUCGGCAUUAUUGACUCGUACAAUAAGAAUGGCGGCACCAAGCCAUGGUCGUGCGCCGAUAACUCCAACUCGAGCGGUGGUCACUAAGCAUGUCUGUUGGUGAGAGCAUCAUCAUGUGAUGGUACUCUGGUCCUAUUCUUUUAGCGUUACAUGUGUACAUGAUUUGAAUACGAAAUAUCUUACAUUGUUCAACUAUGUUGAUGUAUCGUGAACGUUGGAGUGCAGCGACGAAAGAUUUACAACGGAGAGGAUUGUGAAGAGAGAAAGAUUAGAUUAGCAACUGCUGCACGGCUCGUUUCUCAACUUGGGUCAAUCGUUGAAUGACGAAAUGAGGUCAAAUUGCCGUAUAUAUAAAACAUGAAGAGAAAGCAACAGGGCCUACCAUUAGCCUACCGGGGUACUUUAAGGCUUACUACUUGUCUCACGUUACCGGAUGCAAUAGGCUUGUUUUUCGCUCUACAAUCGAUUCUUAGUACCGC